AUGUUCAACAAGAUACAAACUUAUUUAUUACGACGUAUAUUUAAAGAUUUAGACUCCAGUCUAUUCCAAGAGGGGUCAGCACAAGAAUCAUACAAUGACAAGAAGCUCGGCAAAUGUCAAGCUGCUACUGCAAUUACUACUACAUCCUUCACCAAUAGCCACCAUUGCAAAAAUCAGAUCAAAGUCUACAACGAGAUCAUCAACCUGAUUAAUCAAUACAAAAACUACUUGACUGAUGACAAUUACAAGUUGAUUGUAUUGUAUUUUGAAUACUACCAUGUACACAUUAAACCAAACAAAGUAGUAGAGGAUAACCCCAGACGACAUGUACUAAACUAUAUCUACUACAUCUUAUCCACAAUAGACGACACAGUAUCCUACAAAACCAUUACUGAAAUUGAUAAUCUACUACACUCAUUUUCACCAACUUGUAACUUAUCCCAACUAAAUGAUAUACUAUCAGAUUUGAAAUACUUUAUCAACAAUCAAUUCCCCAAACCCAAAUUCACCAAAACAACCUUGAUUCAUACUAUUGCUUUAACUUUUGCUUAUGAAGUAUUUCAAUACCCACACAUGGAUGAUAAAAUCAAUCAUACUAAUGCAAUUAAUUCCCAGCAACGUAAGUUGCUAAUUCAAUUUUCGCGAUUUUAUUUCAAAACUGCUUGGUUAAACUAUACGAAGAAUAAAUCAACUAGAUAUAUUGCAUUGGAUGAUGUUGCUAAACUGUUUUGUCAAUCUGAAUUUGAUCAAGUUGUGGAGGAAGAUGCCACAGAGGAGCCUUUUCUGAGUAAUAAUACUCGGAAAGACAAAUGUAAAACGAAUAACCAUAAUGGUGGUGGACUGGAAGAAAUUGAUGAUCGAUUGGUCCAAAUGUAUAAUGCUUGGUCGUUGGCUGAACUAAGAAGUGUUGAAAUUAUUCAACUGUUGCAAGAAGCUAUGCAAGAGUAUAGAUUUAGAAGACAGGUUACUAAUGAAGAGUAA